GAGAAGAUGCAGCAAUACUAAGUGAGGUGCGUGGAUGACUGAGUACCCAGCAAUAACCAUAAAAGCACAUCGAUAGCCCUCCAUACUGCUGCCUGCGUGCUUAGUAAAUACUGUUAAAAUAAGGUCUGAGCAAUAGGGCGUCAAGGGGAUUAGUAUAAAUGGCCCAAGGAGGCGAGGUAACUUCAAAAAUUCACCGGGUACUGCUGAUUGCAUCCAUUCUCAUUUGCUCUCUGGCACCAUGAAGGGCCCCACUCUCGCUCUCUUUCUCUUCUCUGUCCUGUUGGCUGUGGUGCAAGUGAGAGGGGGGGAGACUGUGAAGCUCUGUGGGCUCGACUACGUGAGAACCGUGGUCUACAUCUGCGCCAGCUCUCGGUGGAGGAGAUCCCUGGAGGAGGCAGGCCAAGCUCAGCGAGCUGAGCCAAGAAACUAUUUCCCGCUCCCAGACAGACAGGAGACAUCCAAGGAAACUCUUGAGCACAACCUUCCCAAGAUGGAUACCUCAGGACAGGAGCUUGUUCAAAAUCCGCAGGCACCCACGGAAAGGCUUUGGCAGUGGAAGAAGUACUCGGUGGUGUCCAAACGAGAUCUGCAAGCUCUGUGCUGCACGGAAGGCUGCUCCAUGACUGAGCUCAGUACACUCUGUUAGGAAGAGUCCACACCCAUGGGCGAGCUUUUGCAUGUUUCUAAUUGGCAUUCUACCACUGAGUUUCAUGUUCAGCUUCUAUCAUUGCAACCGUAGUCUUUGGGUAGACAGUCCUUUCCUAAAAGGGCUGUCUAUUAUGGCUUAAAGCCAAGAGAAGUCUCUCUUCUCCUUUUGCCAAG